GUGCAGGUUUUGUUAGCAAACUAACUCGAACUGUACAACCCGCGCCGACUUUAUGUGAAGUUGUGCAUUCAUCUACUAAUCGAUCUCUGAACUAGUGAACCGGCGAUUGAAGCACUUAGAUUGCACGAAGACGAACCUUCUUGUUUUAGUCGCUGCUAGUUUUUGCACGACAAGCCAGCGAUCCUGAGCGGGUGUAAGGGUAGAUGCAGGGAGGGAGGGAGUAAAAAAAGGCAAAAGUCUUUGUGCUUCCCUUCCCCCUCAUCAAAGCAAAGGGGAAAUGUCUCUGUCUAAAGGAGGGAAGAAGAAGAACCCAGGGCUGAAGCUGGCCAAAGAAGUGUUUGCACAGCCCCAACCAGCAGUAGCAGCCCCCCCUCGAGAUCUCGACUCUAAAGCUUGUGUCACAAUUGGAGAUCAGAACUUUGUGGUGAAGGCAGAUGACUUGGAGCUGAUUGCAGAGCUGGGGAGGGGAGCAUAUGGCGUUGUGGACAAGAUGAAACAUGUGCCCAGUGGUGUAAUCAUGGCUGUCAAGAGGAUUCGUGCCACAGUCAACACUCUGGAGCAAAAGAGGCUUCUGAUGGAUCUGGAUAUCUCCAUGAGGACAGUGGACUGUUUCUUUACUGUGACCUUCUAUGGCGCCCUCUUCAGAGAGGGGGAUGUUUGGAUCUGUAUGGAGCUGAUGGACACCUCUCUGGAUAAGUUCUAUAAGAAGGUUAUUGAGAAAGGCAAGACCAUCCCAGAGGACAUCUUGGGCAAGAUCACAGUAGCAAUUGUCAAGGCAUUAGAGCAUCUACACAGUAAUCUGUCAGUGAUACACAGAGAUGUGAAACCCUCCAAUGUUCUGAUCAACACUCAGGGCCAAGUGAAAAUGUGUGACUUUGGCAUCAGUGGCCACCUGGUGGACUCUGUAGCCAAAACAAUGGAUGCAGGCUGCAAGCCCUACAUGGCGCCUGAGCGGAUCAAUCCUGACCUCAACCAGAAGGGCUACAGUGUGAAGUCAGACAUAUGGAGUCUUGGUAUCACGAUGAUUGAGCUGGCCAUUUUGAAAUUCCCCUACGAGUCCUGGGGCACCCCGUUCCAGCAGCUCAAACAGGUGGUGGAUGAGCCAUCUCCACAGCUGCCUGCUGACCGGUUCUCCCCAGAGUUUGUAGACUUCAUCUCCCAGUGUUUAAGAAAGAAGCCAAAUGAGAGACCAGCUUAUACAGAAUUAAUGCAACAUCAAUUUUUCACCGUGCACGACUCCAAAGAGACAGACGUGGCCAGUUUUGUCAAGGUCAUCCUGGAUGACUGACGGGCUCCCUCCGGGCUCCACCCCAUCAGGGUAGGCAGGACCUCUCAAAAGAACCAAUGGCCUACCUUUUUUUUUUUUUUUCCUUUUUUUUUUUUUUUUUUUUAAACUCACUGGAAUGACAGACUCUCAUGCACCCACACACACAACAAGGGGUGACCCAAAGACUGACAGCAGCCCAGCAGCACUGGAGUGGGAGAGUGGCGGUAAUAUGAACUCACAAAACCAACUGGAGAGGUUUAAUUCACUCCUCCAAGCUUCCUGUGUGUGCGCAGUUAUCCAACAUGACAAAUAUGAACUGAACUUGAUUUGUUGUUGUUUUUUUCUCGUUCAUACUUUUUGUUUUGCCCCCACCUCCCCUGUUAUUUCUCUCUUCAGAAUGGACAGAGCCAGCCAUUAUUUCUUUGUGACACAUAUUGUAUGAAUACUUUUUGAAUUUCAUCUGCAAAACCAACCUUUAAUGUGUAUGUUGUUGUUCAUUGAAAGCUAUAUUUGCAUAUGCGUUUGUAUGUUUUCUCAUUAUACAGAGUUUUGAUACUGUAUAUCGUCGACAAGGUUGAAUUUUACCGGACUAGAGCCUUAUUUUUCAGAUCGCAUCGGGUCAACAAUUUGACCCUGACUCUGCCCUGAGGCGAUAUUGGUUAGUGCGCAUUGGGGCUGCAGGUGUCACAGGGUGUGGGCUCCGUGAGACUCCAGGGCAUGAGACAAAACAUGCGAGAAAUGUCAAAGGUCAUAUUCUGGACGGGAGGAGUUGCAAAUCAUUCCUAGAUCUCUCAGCAGUGUGAGGGAGGAAUGUGAGGCGUCCCGUAUCGUCUGAACCUAUAGUGAUCCGAGUUGUAGCUCUUCAUGCCGUGACGCUACCGUAUUCUUCUUUUCUCUCUGGUAUGAAAGAGUCCUUUUCAAUGCUGCCAAUGAUACUACCUGGAAGUAUUCAGGGGUUGCUGAAUCAAGCUCACAGCUUCUCUUUCUGUGUGCCAUUUCUUUUUUUGAAUUGUUCUCAUGAAUUAGUGCAUUAAUUUUGUUUUUCUUGUUUUUUGGACUAGUUCUGGCCGGCAUUUUUAUUUUAUUUCAGCAUUUACACUUUCUUUGCUUACCUUUCUAAAAUUUUGGAGUCAGCAUAGUCUUUUCAUAUUAGGCACUUUUUUUCCUUUUUUUCCAGAGACCUUAUUAUGCCUUACACAGAUAGUAUGUUAGGGGAAAUAAUUUAUGUGUUGAAGAUGUAAAUAAUCUCCUUUUUUUAAUGUAACAUGGCACUGUCAUAACCUGGCAGUGUAGAUGAGUGGUAGAGUGGUUGGUAUUAGUUUUAAUGCAGUGUGACACACAUACACACACACACACAUACACACACACACACACACACACACACACACACACAGGGCCAGCUGACUAUCGUACACCUAUUUUGGAUUGAUGUGCUGUCAAGCUCCACCGCUCAGGUUUCUGUGCUCUCCUUCAUGUGGAGACAGCCCCCCCCUUUUUUUUUUAAUUUCUUUUUUUUCAAGGUCAAACUUUCCUUGAGUGCCAGAUCUAGAGCCUCUAUUCAGUCCUUGGUGGGCAGCCAUUAUCUCUUCUAUCUGACCAUACUAUGCAGAGCCCCUUCGCCUUGGACAACACAGCAAGAGGCCCUUGCCAUGUGGCAGUUUCCUCACUCCAAGUGUUCAGAGACUGUGAUAAUGAUGAUGAAAGUGGUGGUUGUGAUGGCGAUGGUGUCGAUAGUGAUGAUGAAUGACAUGCCUCCUGUGUUCAUGGCUAGCACUUAUCGUCGCCUCUCCGGUUUACACUGUAGUGCGACCUUUAUCAAAAGUCUGCGAGUUAGGAGUAUUUAUGAUUGUGAAUAAUAAGGGAAAGCUAGUAACACCACAAAGAAGCUGCUGUUUUUUUGUUUUUUUUUUGUUUGUUCGUUUGUUUCUUUUUCUUUCUUUUUAGUCGGCCUUCUUUGAAUGGCCAUUCCCUUGGUGUGUAAAAGUGAGUUUUUACGCUGAUCACAAUGAGAAUGGAACACUUGCUCUACCUCUUACUCCUUCACUCUAUUUGCCACUGUUUCAUUGGGUGGCAAUGACAAACUUGAACUAUGGAAAGACAAAAAAAUAAAGGCUUUAUUGUUCAGUAUAA